AUGCCUCGUUUCCUCCUAGGUUUAGGGAGGAUGCUAAGGAUGCCUGUAACAGAGCCUGGGGACCAAUAUUCAGUAUGGGUGGGCCUAAUAUAUAUAUUCAACUUGAUUGUUGGAACUGGGGCUUUAACUUUGCCAGCAGCCUUUGCAAGAGCAGGAUGGGGUCUCAGUACUAUCUCAUUGCUGUUUCUGGCAUUUAUGAGCUUCCUAAAUGCAACAUAUGUUAUUGAAACUAUGGCAAGUGCUAAUGCAGUUUAUAAAUGGAAAAGGUUGCAGAGUAUUAAGAGAGAUAGUAUCCAAGAUCAUGAUUCAGACGAAGAGCAUACUAAUACGCAGAGCAGUCAUGGUGACCUCGAAGAGCCAUUAGUAUGUGGAGAUACAAUACCAUCGCGGUAUUAUAGUCUGGAUCGUCAUGUCGAAUUAGGAGAGAUGGCGAACUUGUUCUUUAAUAAAAUCGGCCGAACUGCGUUUUAUUGUGCGCUGUGUACUUAUUUGUAUGGAGACCUUUCCAUAUAUUCGGCGGCUGUGGCCAAGUCUGUUAUGGAUGUAACUUGUUCUCCCGUUCCAACAAAUAUGACGAACUCUGCUUCAUGGGAUCACCUGCCUUGCUUUAACUCUUCAGCAGCUGAUCCAACAGCAUAUACCAGACUGGACCUGUAUAGAGUCGCCUUGCUAACAUUUGUGGCAGUUAUGGGACCCUUUGUGUUUUUUAACGUGCAGAAAACCAAGUAUCUGCAACUGUUUACUUCGGGCAUGCGAUGGUUGGCUUUCACAAUUAUGAUUUCAAUGGCUAUUCACCUGCUUAUCGGUCGUGGACCGCAGGGGCAUCCUCCAGCCUUCGACGUGACCGGCAUGCCGACGCUCUUCGGUGUCUGCGUGUACUCCUUUAUGUGCCACCACUCAUUACCAGGCCUCAUAACACCUAUUAGAGGGAAAUCACACCUCGGUUUGCACCUCUCACUCAACUACGCAGUCAUAGCUAUAUUUUAUCUCCUCCUAGCAUUUACCGGAGCUUUUGCAUUUGCACAACUGAGUGACUUGUACACGCUGAAUUUCGUCCCAACAGAUAACGAAAAUAUAUUCUUAGAAAUAGUAGAAUAUUUCCUUGCGCUAUUCCCUGUAUUUACACUUUCAACUAGUUUUCCGAUUAUCGCUAUUACCUUAAGAAAUAAUUUACAAAGUCUCUUCUUAGAUACGGCGAGGUUAGAGUCUUAUAAUUUUAUCCUGAGAAAAUUGUUAUUUCCAAUUAUAACUGUUGUCCCUCCAAUACUGCUGACAUACUACCUCGAAGAUAUAAGCAUAUUAAUUGAAUUUACUGGUUCGUACGCAGGUACGGCUAUCCAAUACUUCAUACCGACUUUCCUAGUAAUAUCAGCUAGGCGUCACUGCACAAACUUGCUGGGGUUAGGCGUAGUUAAUCAUUACAAGAGCCCGUUUUCUCACGUAGCGUGGGCCGUGUUCGUACUGUUAUGGUCUGCUAUGUGUAUCAUAUUGGUAACCGUACAUAUAUUCGAAAAGAACUUAUGA